AUGAAACAGACCAAUCUCCUGCUAUGUAAAAUAGUCAUAGGAACCUUACUAUUUUGGUUGGCCUCUGUGUUUGUUAACGCAGAAGAUCCAUAUUUGUUCUACACUUGGAAUGUUACUUAUGGAACAAGAUCUCCUUUAGGUGUUCCUCAACAGGUUAUUCUUAUCAAUGGACAGUUCCCUGGUCCAGCGAUUGAAGCUGUCACAAACAACAACAUUGUUGUCAAUCUCAUAAACAAUCUCGACGAACCAUUCCUCAUCACCUGGAACGGUGUGAAGCAGAGGAGGACAUCGUGGCAAGAUGGAGUAUUAGGAACAAACUGUCCGAUCCAACCGAACUCAAACUGGACUUACCAGUUUCAACUUAAAGAUCAAAUCGGUACUUUCACUUACUUUGCUUCCACGUCGAUGCACCGAGCCAGUGGUGCUUUUGGUGCUUUCAACAUUAACCAGAGAGCCGUCAUUACCACUCCUUACACUCAACCCGAUGGCGAUUUCACCCUCCUCGUCUCUGACUGGUUCAAUAUGAGCCACAAGGAUCUGCAAAAACGGCUUGACGCAGGCUAUGCUCUUCCUCUUCCUGAUGCUCUCCUCAUCAAUGGUGUUUCUAGCGGUUUAAUAUUCACCGGUCAACAAGGCAAAACAUAUAAGUUUCGUGUAUCGAAUGUGGGGAUAGAGACCUCGAUAAAUUUUAGGAUUCAAAAUCACACAAUGACACUCAUUGAAGUAGAAGGCGCUCACACUCUUCAGGAGAGCUACGAGUCGCUUGACGUCCACGUUGGUCAGUCCGUGACCGUCCUUGUCACUUUAAAAGCUUCCGUGAGGGACUACUACAUCGUGGCCUCGACCCGGUUUACUAAACCGAUACUAAACACAACCGCGAGUCUCCGUUACGUAGGCUCCAAAAACGCAGCUUCUGGUCCCCUCCCCAUUGGUCCUACUUACCAUAUUCAUUGGUCCAUGAAACAAGCAAGAACCAUCAGGAUGAAUUUGACGGCAAAUGCUGCAAGGCCAAACCCACAAGGAUCAUUUCAUUACGGUACCAUACCGAUAAACCGAACUAUAAUUUUGGCCAAUGCGGCUACGAUGAUCUACGGGAAGCUUCGGUACACAGUAAACCGGAUAUCGCACAUAAACCCAACAACACCAUUGAAACUCGCUGAUUGGUACAACAUUUCGGGCGUGUUCGAUUUCACUACGAUCAUUAGCACUCCUACAAUCGGACCGGCUCAUUUUGGUACGUCGGUUAUCAACGUUGAGCUUCAUGAGUUCGUCGAAAUCAUUUUCCAAAACGACGAGAGAUCAAUUCAAUCUUGGCACAUGGAUGGUACUAGCGCCUAUCUUGUCGGAUACGGGUCAGGGACAUGGAAUGCGACUAUGAGGGAACGUUACAACUUGGUUGAUGCUGUUCCAAGACACACUUUUCAGGUGUAUCCGUUAUCGUGGACAAGCAUAUUGGUGUCGUUGGAUAACAAAGGGAUGUGGAAUCUAAGGUCACAGAUAUGGUCAAGGAGGUAUUUAGGACAAGAGCUCUAUGUUCGUGUUUGGAACGACGAGAAGUCUCUCUACACUGAAGCUGAACCGCCUCUUAACGCUCUUUAUUGCGGUCUAGCCAAACGCCCCCGUUAG